AUUUCCCAUAUAAUUGAAGAACAAAGCCAAAAAGCUUAUCAUCUCACCCAACCACUCCCAAAAAUUCGGCCACACACUCUCAAGGAGGAGGAGGAGCUCUGAAAAUAUCAUCCUCCAUAGCCAUGAACCGAGCUCAUGUUUGAAGGAGGUUCAAGGAAGAAGAAAAGCUUGGAAAAGAAGAGAAAAACUUAGUAAAAUUAAGGAAUUUUACCAAGGUAUUCUAGACUUCUCAAGGAACCUAGGAGUGGCCGGAAAGUCGCCGGAGCCGCCGGAGUUUUCGCCGGAAAAUUCAAAAGUCACCGGAGUUCAAACAAAGAAGAUAAAAGCUUGCUAGCGCCAUUUCAAGGUUGAAGCUAGAGCUUACUUCCUGCACCCGUUGCUCGGGAGAUCGAUGGAGGGAAGACGUGGUUCGUGCUUCCUCUGUUUCUAUUUCUAAAUAAUUAAAUAAUGCUCAUGGAACUAUUUUGACUUAUAAAUUAAUGGAGCCUGCGAGCUCUUGUUUUACCCUCGUGUGGGUUCUUAUUAAACACUUAUAUUCCGCGAUGUGUUUAAUUGUAUGUUGAUGUUGUUAUGUAUGUUUACUAAUCGGUUUUGGCAUAUGUAUCUAACAGACGUCUUGUGCAAUUCGGUAAGGAUGAACUGCGGUUAUCCUUAUUGGGUUGUACGACGGUUGUCCACGUGGCACAGACGCGGUCUGGGGCGUGACAAUUAAGUGGUAUCAGAGCCAAACGAUUUCUAAACUAUAUAGUCAACCUCUCAACAGAGUUUCUAUCAAAACAGUUUUCAAUGAAAAACCAUGAGCAUAAGUUUUGUACUUUAAGAGCAUUUGGUUAUCGAGUUGCAAGGUCUCUGGUUGUUAAGAUGGGCCCCUUAACAAUUGGUAUGGCAGUGACUUGAGCCAAGUUGUGUCUUGAGUACGUUUCUGUCAAUUGACAUUCAAACGAGUCCAACGACUCAUUCCAAUAUAUUCUUUCAGGAAUGGGUGGUAGUGAUAGGGCGGUUCGAGGAAAUCCGAGAGGGCGCGGACCGGGGAUAGCCGGGCAAGCCAAUCGGGGGAUAUCAAGGUCGCGUAAAAGGCGAGGUAUGGGCAACCAAGGCCCACAAACACGAGCCGCGAUGGCUGAUCACAAUGUGACUGAAUUCGAGUCGUGGAACUCGGAGGAUGACUCAACUUAUCAGCCUGAAAGUGAGUCUGAAGAAACUUCUUUUGAAGGAAAUGAUGGAGAGGAUAUGCACAGUAUUCCUCCUGAUCAGAUUAGUGAGAUGUACCGAUGGUACCAGCGGGAAAGGGAAAGGCAACGACAGAGAUCCCAGAUGGGACAUGUCAGAGACGACACCUCUCGCAGGAGGGGUCGGGGUGCUCAUAGAGUACAGGUUAAGACAAUUAGAGAUUCUGAUGGUGAAUGACCAUUCAUUAAGAUCUCAAAGUACCUCAAAGAGGCUAGGGCCUUGGGGUGCAAACCGUUUGAUGGGACGGGGGAUAUCUCGGAAGCGGCCGAGUGGAUAAAAAGGUUAAAUGAUGCAGCCGAUGACAUGCAAGUGGUCCCUGAUCGGAAGUUAAGGGUAGCCACUAGAUUGUUGGAAGGUUUAGCUUCUACUUGGUGGGAAGGCAUCAAGGGUAAGUUCGACGGAGUUGUCACGUGGGACAACUUCGAGCAAUCAUUCUAUGAACAGUUUUAUACCUCUUUCGAAGUUAAUCGAAAGAGGAGGGAAUAUACAAAUCUCAAGCAGGGCAAUGAGUUUACGGUAAAGCGAUUAGAACAAAGGUUCCGACAUUUGGCAAGGUUCUUGCCUGAAUAUGCCACCAAUGAGGAUCGAAUGGCGAACCAUUUUUGGAAUGCACUGAAUUUGGAGGUACGCGAAAGGGCGACCUAUCAAUUCAACAUGACUUUUAGUCAAGUAGUAGCCCAGGGUCUCCAGGGGGAGGAGCUUUGGGAGGAAAGGCAAGCAAGGGGUGCUAAGGAAGCACAAGAAAGGGAUCAGAUGAUCAAUCAUCCUCUGCGACGAGAGAGGAAGUAUGACUUUCAAAACGAGGGGGACUCUAGCAAGUUAGUUCCAUUUUCAAAAGGGAGCAAGGACUGGGUAAGUCAAAGCUCAAGCACUCGGGGCACGGGAGCACCCAAAUGUGAGAAUUGUAGGCGAAAGCACUACGGGAUAUGUCUAGAACCAUCUAGAUGCUACUUUUGUGGAGAAACGGGCCACAUAAAGGCUCUUUGUCCUCAACGUGUACGGGGAGGAGCCUUGGGGGCCCACAGGGGAGUCACGGAGGUUGCAAACCCAACAGGGAUUGUUUCAAAUGUUUUACCAUCCACCAAUCGGGGAAGAACUCGCUCGUGAAGGCAAUGAAUGACAGAAGCCAUUUGUGGGAAUGACUAUGACAUAAGGAAUUUUACCAAGGUAUUCUAGACUUCUCAAGGAACCUAGGAGUGGCCGGAAAGUCGCCGGAGCCGCCGGAGUUUUCGCCGGAAAAUUCAAAAGUCACCGGAGUUCAAACAAAGAAGAUAAAAGCUUGCUAGCGCCAUUUCAAGGUUGAAGCUAGAGCUUACUUCCUGCACCCGUUGCUCGGGAGAUCGAUGGAGGGAAGACGUGGUUCGUGCUUCCUCUGUUUCUAUUUCUAAAUAAUUAAAUAAUGCUCAUGGAACUAUUUUGACUUAUAAAUUAAUGGAGCCUGCGAGCUCUUGUUUUACCCUCGUGUGGGUUCUUAUUAAACACUUAUAUUCCGCGAUGUGUUUAAUUGUAUGUUGAUGUUGUUAUGUAUGUUUACUAAUCGGUUUUGGCAUAUGUAUCUAACAGACGUCUUGUGCAAUUCGGUAAGGAUGAACUGCGGUUAUCCUUAUUGGGUUGUACGACGGUUGUCCACGUGGCACAGACGCGGUCUGGGGCGUGACAAAAUGUGAUGUUUGAUUGGUAAUGAUAAAUGUGUGGGCU